GGGUGUUUUAGACAUUAUAGAGAGAAAUAAAUAAAUAAUCAUUUUCAUGUCAACGCGCCGCGCACACCCUUAAAUGCGAGGUCGAAAGGUUACAAUAAUUGUUUGAGUAACGAGGGUUCGGUGGAAGCAUAAAUACCAGGCAGUUACUGUCGAUUUCUGCAGAGGUCCCGCCGCAGCCCUACCGAACACCUGCAAACAUUGGCAGUUAGCAGACUCCACUAAAGCUCGUCAUUCAUACCUAAACAUCUUCUCCAGAAACAGAUACCACGAUGUGCAAAGUUUGGAAAGUUUUGUGUACGCUGUGUGCCGCGGUGCUGGGCUGCGUGGACGGGGAGCCACUGUGUGCGGCGAAGGGCCGCGCCAAGUACAGCCUUAUCUUCUCGGGCAAGUGGAGCCGCACUGCCUUCCCCAAACAGUAUCCGCUCUACCGGCCUCCGGCGCAGUGGUCCCCGCUCAUCGUCGUCAGCCACAGCAGUGACUACCACAUGUGGAGGGUGGGAGAAUAUGCCAGUAACGGAGUGCGGGAGUUUGUGGAGAAAAGUGAGGCCUGGACAUUAAUGCGAGAGGUUGAAGCAUCGGGCGAGAAAAUCCAAAGUGUCUACGGCGUUUUCUCAACUCCAGCUAUCCCGAAUGGUGUGGAACAGACUUCGACUGAAUUUGAGGUGCACGCCAGACAUUCUCUGAUGUCAUUCAUUGCUCGCAUUGUGCCAAGUCCAGACUGGUUCGUGGGUAGUGACAGUUUUGAUCUGUGUGAAGAAGACACUUGGAAGGAGCAAGUCUCUGUAGAUCUGUAUCCUUACGAUGCUGGAACAGACAGUGGCUUCACGUUCUCUUCUCCAAAUUUUGCCACUAUUCCCCAAGACACGAUCACUGAGAUAACGUCGAGUUCACCAAGACACCCUGCAAACUCUUUCUUCUAUCCCAGACUGAAGCAACUGCCGGCAAUUGCAAGAGUAACACUGACGAGGCUGAAGGAUAGCCAGUUAAUUGGCAUUUCAACAGUUCAGUCCAACCUUUUGCCCAUGGGAAAUGAAAUAGAUGAUUCUGUCUCGGAGACCCCACUGGAUUGUGAAGUUUCCAAUUGGUCCUCCUGGGGCUUAUGCAUGGGGAAAUGCACAGAGAUGGGUAUUAAGCACCGUACCCGUUACAUCAGGUUGAAACCAGCCAACAGUGGUAACCCAUGCCCAGUGCUGGAGAAAGAGGAGCAAUGUGUUCUGCACAACUGUGUGUAACAGCACCACCGAGUGGUGACAGUGUAUAUCGUCAACCUUUAUUGGAUUUUAAGGGCUGAAUCUUGUCAAAGAUUGGAUCACCAUACAAUACCAGUGAUUUCAGAUAAUUGUUAGUAAUUCCAGGUUUUAAAUGCCGUCUGCAUUGACAGUUUUUCCACACUAACCCUAUUUUUAUUCUGCCAGGUUUUGUCGUCUACGAAAUGAAAAAUUAAGUUUCUCUCCACCUUGUUUAUCAUCAGUAAUUAGUGUAAGCCGUGAUUCAAAACAGUAGUCAUGGAUACACAGCGGUAAACACAUCUCAUGAGCAAACUCAUAGAUUAGACUGCAGCUUGGAAGUCACUACCAGAUCUUGCAUUAUUUAUACUGUGCACCAUUUUAAUUUACAGGAACUUCUGGGUUCUAUGCUGCUUUAUGGUGUUGAUGGCAAUAAUUAAAUGCCUUCCUCUGUGAUGGUAUUUAUACAAGGUGAUUGAAGACUGACUGUUUAAUAACGCUCAUUUUACAAUCUGAAUUUAAUUACCUGGCAGUACUGUGUGCAGUAGCUAGUUAGCGGUUCUAAGAUAAUAACCAAAGGAAUUGAUUUGAAAAUAGGAAUGUUAAUUUGCCUUAUGCCCAUGUGUUCUUAUUUAAGUCACACUGCUCCAUAAAUUUACCGGAUGAGUGAGUGGGUCUUAAAGAGAUUGCAAUCACUUUUCUUAGGCAAACAACAUACUAUGUGGAGACCUUGAGCAUUAACAAAUAACAGUUCCCUGAUUAGUCAUGAAGAGUGAUUACAUUAUUCACAUGCACAACUUUCCCCUGAGAAUGCAUUACCUACAAGCACUUUUCAACAAAUUGCAGUUUCCCUUUACCCAGUUCUAUCUUUUGCCUAGAUGUCCAACCAAAAUGUUACAAAAAUCAAUAUGGUGCUUGAAUUAAAGGGCUGUUUCAACCCAGCUUUUCUCUUGUAAAUAUCUUUGUUGCAAGUUAAGGAGAUUAAUGUAUCUUAAUGCAAUGUUUUACAAAUCCUGUUUUUCAUUAGAAGAGAAAGACAUAAAAAGCUGGAGUAACUCAGCGGGUCAGACAGCAUCCCUGGAGAAAAGGAAUAUGUGACGUUUUUGGUUUUUCAUUCUUUGGCUUGUGGAGACUUUGCCUCCUGAAUCGUUGUACUAGUAUUCAUUUCAAACCUUGCAUUAGAUUAACCAAAGUUACAAAUUUCAACCAAAAGUUGGAAUAUGGAAUUGAAAUUGAUUGCAUUGGCAAUACAAUUGCUUCAGCUUUGAACAUUUCAGAGAAUGAAAUAAAAUCCGAAGCCAGAAAAAACAAUAUCUAUAUAACAAGAUAUAUAUACAUUUAUUCUUGACACAUGAACAAUUUAAGUAUUUCCAUAAUCAAUGACUCGGUCACUCAAACCAAAAAUGCUCUCUGGAAUUUACCAAUUAACUAAUGAUUAAAAUGUAUAGAUUUGGGUGAUAUGUUGAAUGGACACUGUGGAGUGCAACAAAAGUGAUAGGAUUUGAGGUUAUUUCUUAAGAAACUUGAAUUAAAAUCAUUGGUUUAUAAUGCAUUGUUUGUGGGCUAGUAUCAAAAGUAGCAGUGAUGGCUUUUCACUAAAAGGGAAAGAAAAUCUGUCGAAGAGUCACCCUGAAUAUAUGCAGUCUUAUUGAACAAUCAUAGAAUAAAAUUAAGGAAAACAAAGUGCUGGAGUAACUCAAAGGUCCAGACCUGAAACUCCACCUAUCCAAUCCUUCCAUAGAUGCUGUCUGAACCAUUGAGUUAAUCCAGCACUUUACAUUUAGCUCAAGAUUCCAGCAUCUGCAGUCUCUUGUGUCUCCAUCGAAUAGAAUUAGUUGGGAUACCAUCGCUAGGCUUCCCCAGGUUGUUUUUUUUUGUCAGUAAAUUGAUAGGUCCCCAAUUAUUACCUAUGUUGCUGACUUGUGAAGACACUUCUGGAGAUUAUCAGAUGUCCACAUUAUUGUGUGACUGGAGCCCAAUGUUGGGCAAACUGGGACAGGACAGCAUAGUUCUGUUUCUAAAUGACAUUAGUGAACUAGUUAGGUUUUUGAAUUUUUUUACCACAUUCCUUGUGAUUCCUGCUACCAAGAACAUGACGGAAAAUUGGUAUAUUCAUUAAAGUCCCACUUCGAAAAAAGUAUCCCAUGGAAAUUAGGCAUUGUGAAAUAAUGAGGUAUAAGGGAAUUUUAUUUCAUUUGUUGAGAAGAGAACGUGUUGCUUACUAGCAACUGCUGGUAGGAUAGAUCAUUGGUCUUUUAAACAAGUGGAAUACAUGUGAAUUAUAUGCAGAGCGAAAAAAAAAAAAAACCUGCAGAUACUGGAAAU